UAUUUUACAACGGUGAGAGCUUUAAUCGUCUUCCGCCGCUUCUCCGUCUUCCUCCGCCGCCGCCACCACGCAACGACUUCUCCCCUCCGUCCCCAAUUUCGCGCCACUAACACUCAAAUCCCUCCGUCGUAACCGUUCAGUCAUCGUCAGAGUAGAAGACGUCGACGCAGACGGCGGCGGACAAGACGAGUACGACAUGGACGACGAGGAAGUGGACAACAAGAAGGACUACGACGUCGAGUACGACCCUACCUUAGCAGCGGCGCCGGCGACGGGGACAUCGCGUUCGUGCAGAGCAAGAGCUUUGUAUCGACGCAGGGAUGGGACUCGGAGAUGGUGGUUGAUUACAGGAUAAACGAAGACGAGUUCCAUAAGAUCAGCUUGUGAGAAAGAGAAAGUUCUCUGCUUUUAGCUUCUUUUUUUUUUGAAUUUCUCAGUUGGUUGCGUUUCAAGUGAUACGGUGUCGUUUUAGUGUGGGUGGAUGCAGAUGUAUGUGACUCCUCCGGAUACGGAUAUUUACUCGAUUCCGAGAGUUCUUGCUCCAAUGCCUCAAAAGGUUCAGCCUUUUAAUCCUAUGGUUGUUAUGUUUUGGAACACGUAUGUGCUCUGUUCUGGUGCUGAUAACGGCUUUGCUUGAUGCUCCUCGAGAUCCUCUGUAUAAAUCUGAGAGGGAGAUAUCCAAGGUUUUCUUGACGAAGCAUUAUCGGAAUAGAAGAUCAAACGACCCUGAGUUUGUGCUGGCCCUUGAAGAGAUCUAUGUGAUUGACUCCAAGUCAAAGUCAAUCACCAGAGCCAGAGUUUUGGUGACAGUUCCAGGAGGACGAAAAAGGGAUAGGAAGGAUGACUUGCUCGUGAUUCGAGAUAAUGAAAACUCCUUUAAAAUCAUACACGUGGGGGAAAGAGAUGACCCGACGACGGUAAUAGAAAGGGAAGAGUGGACCAAGACCCGAGAAGACAUGGAGAAACAUCUCAGAAAGCUACGAGACUUCAGUGUCUCAAACUGGUUCUGAAACAGCCAAACGAUCCAUAAAUGGUGUGGUGUAUACAUGGGAUGGAAUAGGAGAGCAGAAUCAAUGAUAUGGUGGGAAGAUUCAAGAUGUGUAGUUCCAUGGUAGACAAGGAUUUUUUUGACCUCAGGUACUUUCACUAGCAGCAGAGAUGAAUGUGUUGGUAGAUGAUAUGGGCUCUAGAACAAGUGUGCAGAUGUAACAGUCUUAUGGACUAACAUUCAAUGACUAGAGAAGCUAGUUUAUGCAAAUUGUUACUUCAACAACUAUUCCAAUUUUUGCAACUGAGUUGUUUUUUCAACGGUCUUU